AUGGGUCGCGUUAUCCGCAAUCAGAGAAAGGGCCGCGGCUCUAUUUUCACCGCCAACACCCGCCUCAACAAGGCCCCGGCCAAGUUCCGAACCCUCGACUACUCCGAGCGCCAUGGAUACCUCCGCGGCAUCGUGAAGGAGAUCAUCCACGACCCCGGCCGUGGCGCGCCCCUCGCCAAGGUGGUGUUCAAGGACCCCUACAAGUUCAAGCAGCACACCGAGACCUUCAUCGCCAACGAGGGCAUGUACACCGGCCAGUUCAUCUACGCCGGCAAGCGGGCGGCCCUGACCGUCGGCAACGUCCUCCCCCUCAGCUCCAUGCCCGAGGGUACCGUCGUCUCCAACGUCGAGGAGAAGAUCGGUGACCGUGGCACCCUCGCCCGUACCUCGGGCAACUACAUCACCAUCAUCGGCCACAACCCCGAUGAGGGCAAGACCCGCAUCAAGCUCCCGUCCGGCGCGAAGAAGGUCGUCCACAGCCGCGCGAGAGGAAUGAUCGGCAUCGUCGCUGGCGGUGGCCGUACCGACAAGCCCCUCCUGAAGGCUUCUCGUGCCAAGCACAAGUACGCUGUCAAGCGCAACUCUUGGCCCAAGACUCGUGGUGUUGCCAUGAACCCCGUCGACCAUCCUCACGGUGGUGGUAACCAUCAACAUAUUGGUAAGGCGUCGACCAUUUCCCGGUACGCCUCGGCGGGUCAGAAGGCCGGUCUUAUUGCUGCCAGGAGGACGGGUCUGCUGCGUGGUACCCAGAAGAUCAAGGAGUAA